AUGGCAGAACCAGAGGAUGUCGAAGAGGAUCUCUUUGCAGACCUGUACGAUGCCGACGAGCAAGCCAACCAGACCACCUCCGCAGGGGUUGCGGCCCAUCCAGCUGAGCAAGUGCCAACAUUUCCACCACAGUCUCAAACAGACGAAGCUCAAGAUGGGUACGGCUUUGAUCAUCAGAACGUAGCAGCAAACGACGCGUAUCAAAAUCAAUACCAGCAGCAAGAUUUUCAGGGCGGUUCGGGGUUUGAUAAUGGUGCUCACCAUGAAGAUGCUGCCGAAGCCGAGCCACAAGGUGGUACUGGCAUUAAGGAAGAUGGGAAAAUGUUCAUUGGAGGUCUCAACUGGGAGACUACUGAUCAAUCACUUAAGGACUAUUUCUCACAAUUUGGAGAGGUUCAAGAAUGUACUGUCAUGCGCGAUAGUGCCACAGGGCGGUCCAGAGGUUUCGGCUUCCUCACUUUCCGAGACCCCAAGACCGUCAAUACGGUGAUGGUUAAAGAACACUAUCUUGACGGAAAGAUUAUUGACCCCAAGCGUGCCAUUCCUCGUGAUGAACAGGAGAAAACCAGCAAGAUCUUCGUUGGUGGUGUCAGCCAAGAGGCCAAUGAACAGGACUUCAAGCAGUUUUUUAUGCAAUUCGGUCGUGUGGUGGACGCCACCCUGAUGAUUGACAAAGACACUGGCCGGCCACGUGGAUUUGGGUUUGUCACAUUUGAUAGUGAAGCCGCAGUCGAGGCAACGCUUUCCCGCCCCCUGGAAAUCCUGGGCAAGCCUAUUGAAGUCAAGAAAGCUCAACCGAGAAGCAACAUGCGUGACGAUGACGGCAGAGGGCGUCGGGGCGGCCGAGGUGAUGGCGGCCAGGGGAUGAUGGGCGACGGUGGUGGUCAACAACAGCAGGGUGGCCAAGGACAGGGAGGCAUGGCUAGUGGUGUUAGUCCUCAAAUGAUGGCUCAAUAUUGGCAGCGGAUGCAGCAAUACUUCGCCAUGAUGCAACAGCAAAUGGCGGGCCAGGGCAUGGGUGGAAUGAACAUGGGUGGUGGUAUGAACCCAGCCAUGAUGCAACAAAUGAAGCAAAUGCAAAUGGCUGCUGGUGGCCAGCAAGGAGGCCAAUCACCAAACAGCGCGGCCCAGGGCAUGCAAAACAUGAUGAACCCAGCCAUGGCGCAGCAAAUGCAGCAGAUGCAACAGAUGCAGCAAAUGCAAAACCAAGGCCAAGGGAACAUGGGUGGUGGCGCUGGUGCUGGUGCUAAUGCUGGUGCUGGUGCUGUUGCUGGCGGUGCCGGUGGAAAUUACGCGGCGGCCAACCGUGGACCAGGUUACAAUGCCCACGAGCAACUAGCCUUUGAGCAGCAAAAGUACGAACAACAGCAGGCUCGCCAAGUACCUAGCAACCGCUCAUUUUCUCCUUACCAACAAGGCGGACCGACGUCUUGGGAAGGCAUGUACGACGAAGUCCCUCAACCCAAUAUCCCCACUGGGCCUCAAGGACGCGGUGGUGCUGGUGGCGGAAUGGGUCGUGGAGGAAACCAGAACAAAGGUGGAGGCCACAGCAACAGCACAACUCCUCAGCCUGUGGGUGCUGCUCCUGCAAAUGCACCUACUGGUCCCAAGAAUGCCGGCAGGCCUGGAGCAAACUAUCGCGGUGGAGGACGUGGAGGUGGACAUCGGGGCUUUCACCCUUAUGCACGAUGA